AUUUCAACAGUGGGGUUGUAACAGAAGCAGAGCUUGACAUCAGUUGUUGAGCAGUUCAACACAUCCUUACUGCACAUAAAGAAUCACAGCCAGGCAUCUUGAAAAUGCCAUCAAAUUUCCUCACGCCCUUCCUGGAGGUGGAUGAUGAAUUCUGCAAGAGUUUCCGAGGUAUUGAUCUGACAGAAGCCACACAGAAGCAGCGUGUGGUGGGAUUCCAGCGCAGACAUUCCCUGUGCCCCGUGACUCUUCCCAACUCUAAAUUCAACAGCAAUGACACCAGCCCUUGGCCUCUGCCGGCCAUCAACCAGCACUGGAGCCACGAGAAGCAGCAGCAGCUGCCCCGUUCCUCCCUGAGCCAGAUCCCCUUCAGAGUAGACCGGUCCGUGAGCAUGAUCGAGGGCCAUGUGGCCUGCGAGGGCCUGACGUCCAGUCCUCUUCCUCCGCCGCCGGGUCUCAGCAUCAGCAACAGCUCCCUGACCUGCCCGAAGGUACUCGGCACGACCUCUACAGCGCCGAUGUCCACCCGCUACAAGACGGAGCUCUGCCGCACCUACGAGGAAAGCGGCACCUGCAAAUAUGGCGCCAAAUGCCAGUUCGCUCACGGGAUGUUGGAGCUGAGAGGCCUCAACAGACACCCGAAGUACAAGACCGAGCCGUGUCGCACCUUUCACACCAUCGGCUUCUGCCCUUACGGUGCUCGGUGUCACUUCAUACACAAUGCAGAUGAGCAGAACGGGCUUUCAGAGAACACAAAGAGCAUCCGAGCGCGACCGCAGCUCCGCCAGAGCGUCAGCUUCAGCGGCUUCUCCUCGCAACCACAAACCCUUGGAGGUUUCCACGCCGUACAGGACACCUUGGCCUUCUCCAGAUCUUCAUCUGUGUCUCCGCCGCCGUCCACCGGGAGUCCCGACCUGCUGUCCCCUUUGGGGACUUUGAAGCACAGCCACCCCUUUGCAGAUCUGGGUGGCGGCGGGAGCUUCUACUCUAUCAGCGACUCGGAAAGCGUGCAGAACCUUGCGUAUGCGCUCAAGGGCCUGCAGCGAAGCACCUCGGCGGACUCUCUCUCCGAUCAGGACGGCUACACCAGCUCCAGCAGUCUGAGUGGCUCCGACUCUCCUGGCAUCGAGGGCCGACGACUGCCCAUCUUCAGCCGCCUGUCUGUCUCAGACGACUAGAAACCUUUACCUGUGCAUAUUGCAUGCUCGCCCAAGCAGACGUUUCUCUGCAAAUGUGAUGAACGCAAUGUAUACUGUUGUAUACCAGUCUGAAGCUGCAGUGGGAACUUCACUUUAGGUUUAUGUGUUUCGGGAAUUGUUCUGCUGUGUUUUGUCUGCAGGACCAACCUUCCCAAGCCACCCAUCUGUAGUCUAACCAAAGCAGAGCAACUUAGAGUAUAUACUUCUAGUGUAACGUCUAACCCGCUCCCUGAACAUACUGUAGCCUUUAGUUAAGGCAUUUUUAAACGGACUGAGUAGUUUUAACCAUAGUCCUUUCUAAAAACCUAUUUAUUGCUUUUGUUGUAAUAUGCAUUGGUUGUUUUCAUUUUAUAUGCAUUUCGAAGAAGGAACAAUGUAGAUAAGGCUUUUUGUUUGUUUCUUUGAGCCCGUUUGUCUGCUUUGCACGAGCUAUAUGUCUUAGCUUUAAUUCAUGAAACCCAGCUGCACAGAGUCUCAAAGUUGGAAUCUCAGGAUCCUUUUAAAGUGCUAUCGACACACUCCACAUUCUUUUUAAGUAAUAGCAGUCAGAGAUAUCCACAAGGAAGAGUCAAAGAUGUUCAUAUGCAAGCCAUCGUGAAUGUGAAAGUGACAAUGUACCAGAAAGACGUCAUUUUAUACCACAGCCUUCGUCUUUUGCACUCUAAGAGGCGAAACUUGUCAUUUGCAAAUAAUAACACGAACUGUGAGUUCUGAUGUUUGUAGGUUGUUGUUUUUCAUCUUGUUUGCCUUGUGACAAGCCACGCUUUUGCCUUUUGUUAACUUAAAACUUAUUUAUUUCGUUUUUCGAAGUGGGAAAACAGUGUAUUGUGUUGUGCUUUUUGUUUCAUGUUUGUUUAUAUAUAAUUUAAAUGAACUGUUUACAUUCCAUGGGAAGGCAAUGCCCAUUUUCAUUAUAAUAUAUUGUUUGAAAAUAAAGUUUGAAGGGAACAAAAAA